CUCGGCCGGUUCGAUCAAAAUCUCAGUCACCCGGUCACCUGUUUGGGUCGAGCCACUCUCUAAACUGCCCCAAAUCCCUAAUUCACACAUCACAUCCGCCUCUCAAGCUCUCACUCACACCAGCCGACCAGCGACACCCUGACUCUCAAACUCUCUCAUUGUCUUCAUUCACAGUCGCUGGCGUUCCGCCGUAGUUCGCGUGUCGCCGCCCUCCUUGGUCUCGUCGUCGCCGGCUCAGCAAGAAGAAACAGAAGCAACCAGCAAUUGCCAGCCCUGGUUCGGACGUCGUCUCCUUCUCGCCGGUUCCGUCGCCAAGCAGCUGCGGUGUGGCUGUUCUGAAGCUCAGAACUCCGAAGCUGCUCCUUUCCUGACUCAACUUCUACUUCUGCUUCUGUAGGUGAUUUUUGUUUUAUUGUUUUUUUUUUCAGUUAGUCUUUAAUCUCUAUUAAUUUUUUUAUGCUUAGUAUUUUUCAGUUUUAAUGUAGUUUUAGAUAAAUUGAUGCUAAUUGGUUUAGAUGAAUUGAUGCUUAUUUGAUAAAUUGAUGAUUAGUUAUACUGAUUAGAUAGUAGGUUAUGAAGAUGAAUAACUCUCAUGGUGAUAUUGAUGGAAAGGAUGGUUCUCAUAUUGUUCUCCAAAGCUGUUCAGGGGGGAAUUAUUCAGGUGUGUUGCUUACUUUGGCUGCUGCUGUGUGCAUUGUUUUGAGCUUAUCAAUAGUGAUAAGUAGGAAGAUGAUUGGGUCAAGGGAAUUUUUAUCAUGGUCAAGGUUGCCUGUGAAUUCAUCAGUGGUGAUGAUCAUGUCAAGAUUGGCAAUAUCUAGAUUUAUUAGAUAAUGAAAAGAGGAAAAGUUUGUGAUGUUUAUAAGUUGUGUGUAAAUCUAUGUGGAUAUAAUAAGAGAAGAAACAUUGAAUUUCUAAGUUUGGAAGUGACCAAUAUAAACUUGCGGAUCAUAAUUCUGUGGAAGAGAAUGCUAUUAUGGAGUGUUUGUUUUGUUGUAUCAAAGUCCUUUUACUUGUUUAUAUCACCAUGCCUUUUGAUUAUUUAUUUAAUAUCAUUGUUGAUUUUUUUCUGUAUUGUAUUGUUAUAUCAAAGUCUGUACUUGUUUACAUCAUAAUUUUUGAGUGGUAAUUGAGUUUACCAAGUGUGUUUCAAAUUAAGUGAAGGAAUGCAUAAGCAACAAUGGGUAUGUCCUUUGGAUUUAAUGUCUAUUUUUGUAUUAGUUAUUUUUAGGAAUUGAGACUUGAUUAUUGUUAAAGUGUCAGUAGUAAUAUGUAUUUCAAAUUUUAAUUUGAACUUUUUUUUAUGAUUUUAUAUUUUUAUUUAAGUGAUACCGGGUCAACCAGUUCAACCAUGACCCACUGGUUGAACCAGUGACCCAGUACUCUGAAUGGUUCGAUUACUGGUUCGGUUAUGAUAACUAGUUUAUUGAUAUAAUGUACUAGUAAAUUUGUGUUGCUUUGCUUUGCUUGAAUGGCUUCUAAUUAUAUUCUUAAUUUGAGCCCAAUAAGAAAAGAGGACGUGAUAGAGAUUAGAGGGCAAUGAACAUUUUUAAAGUAUGUUUUGUCGGAAGGCUUAGAUGAAGACUAAUGGGAGAAGGAAAACCUAGUUGUAUUGCACAAAUCAAUGAGGAAAACAAAGCUAUGGACAUAGACCAUAUAUGACCCUGCCGCUGCUCCUGCCACGAAGUGAUGAGAUUUCAUCUAGACCUGGUUUUCACCUGGUAUAAUUGUGGCCCAAAAGUGAUGGGGUUUCAUCGGACCUAGUGUUUGGGUUAGAGUCUUAAAAAUAGAUCUGAUGAAUAUUUAGGGCCGUAUUGCCGGAUCUGGAUUAGAACAAACCUGUUUAUACUCGGCUCAUGUACACCCCUAUCAAGUAAUAUGUGUUCUUCCUGUUUGGGAUCCUAUCGGAGUAAGAAUGAAGCAAAUUUACAACCCACAAUCUCAAAAGCUUCUUUGAUUCCAGUAAAACAAAACUUCAUCUCUCUAUAAAACCAUUUUAAUCCAUUCAUUGCAACAAUUUCAAUAAUUUUUUUUUUUUGUGGUUUAAUUCAAUGUCUUCUCAGAAGACUCUUUUGAGACUUUUCAACAAAGGUUUGUCUUUUCCUUCAGACCAACAAAAGCUUCAACUUGAACUUGUCAAUAAGAUAACCCAAAACCUCCUAAUUUCGAAUACCACCAAUUAUUUUAGACCCGAUAGAGAACUGCAGUCCAUGAUCUCAUGCAUCACUCCCAAUGUUACAUACCAUGUUCUUUCGAACCCCGAUCUCCCUCCUCAUUCUUUGUUGUCAUUUUUCAACUUCCUUAGAAGUAGAAACUUUAAUAUUACUCAUAUACUUGAUAUUAAGGCCCAUGUGAUUCUCCUUUCCAGACUUUUUGAGGCUCGAAAAUUUGCCACCAUGAAGAGCAUUCUGAGCUCUGUUGUUAUUGAUGGUAAGCUUUGUUGCCCCAUUCCAGGGGUUGUUUCUUUGGUUGGUGAACUUGAUCCACAUUUUGCAGAGAAGCUGUUUGAUAUGCUGUUCAGAGUGUGUUCUGAUAACAGGUUGUUUGAAGAGGCAUUUAGAGUCUUUGAUUAUGCCAAGAUGAUGGGGUUGGGGAUAGAGGAGAGGUCUUGUUUUGUACUCUUGCUUGCUUUGAAGAAAUGUGGUGAGCUGGAUUUGUGUCGUAGGUUCUUUCAUCGAAUGCUCGAGUCGGGUAGGAUUCAAAUUAGGGUUCAGUCUCUGACACUUGUGGUUGAUGUUCUGUGUAGGGGAGGAGAGGUUGAGAAAGCUAAGGAGUUGAUGGCUGAGAUGGCUGGUAAAGGUAUUGUGAAACCCACUGUGUUCACUUAUAAUACAUUGUUAAAUGCUUAUGUUAGAAGAAAGGAUCAAAGGGGUGUAGAUGAGAUAUUGAGAUUAAUGGAGAAGGAACAAGUUGUUCAUAGUUUAGCUACAUAUAGUAUUCUGAUUCAGUGGUAUGCGAGUUUAGGAAAUAUAGGGGAAGUUGAAAAGAUAUUCGAGGAAAUGCAUGAACGAAAUUUAGAAAUGGACAGUCAUGUGUAUACAACGAUGAUAAAUUGGUAUUCUAGGUUAGGAAACAUUAAAAGGGCAUCCGCUUUGUUUGAUGAGAUGACUCAGAUAGGCAUCCUUCCUAAUGCACAUACUUAUGGGGCCUUACUUUGUGGUGUAUGCAAGGUAGGCCAAAUGGAGGCUGCAGAAAUAUUGCUUGAAGAGAUGCAAAGUAAAGGCAUUGACCCAAAUAUAGUAAUAUUUAAUACAAUGAUUGAUGGUUAUUGUAGAAGAGGUUUGAUAGAUGAGGCUUUGAGGGUGCAAGAUAUCAUGGCAAGGAAGGAAAUCGAAGCAGAUGUGUUUACAUACAACAUUAUUGCUUGUGGGCUAUGUAAAGUGCAUCGAUAUGAGGAAGCCAAGAGGACUUUGAAUACAAUGCUAGAGAAAGGAGUGGUUCCGAAUGUUGUGAGUUUCACUACUUUUAUUGAGAUACAUUGUAAGGAAGGAAAUCUUGCAGAAGCUGAGUGGUUAUUUAGGGAUAUGGAGAAAAGGGGAGAGGUACCUAAUGUUGUUACGUACAAUACCCUUAUAGAUGCAUACAGCAAGAACGAAAAGAUGAAGCAAGCUCACAUGCUAAAAUCUGAAAUGGUAGAAAAGGGAUUACUGCCAGAUGUAUAUACUUACACAUCACUAAUACAUGGGGAGUGUAUUGCUGGAAGGGUAGAUGAGGCAUUGAAUCUUUUCAAUGAAAUGUCAGCAAAGGGUAUAAUCGGGAAUAUUGCAACAUAUACAUCAGUUAUUUCAGGAUUAUCCAAGGAAGGAAGAGCAGAUGAAGCUUUUAAGUUGUAUGAUGAAAUGAUGGGAAUGGGACUAACACCAGAUGAUAGAGCUUAUGCUGCUCUUGUUGGUAGCCUCCAUAAACCCUCCUCUCAUGGUAACCAACAUCAUGAAAUUGGGGAACAUAAGUAGAACCUGUAGAUUCAAUGAGCCAGUGGAAUAUUGGUUUGACAAUUUUGACAGGAUGGCAGUUCAUGGAUGGUGAUUUUGGCUUUGAAUCAGAAACAAGAAGAUCAAUGUGCCUGGGGUCAGAAGUCCAGCUGUUGUGUUACUGAAAUUAGGUUUUGGAUACUGGGAUAAUGUAAGCCAGUCUUGGGUAAUAUAUGAAUCUUUUGUUUCUUGUUUUUUCGAAAUUCAGAUAAGUUUUACAUGGCUUCUCAUAUAUCUUCUUUCAUGUAUUUGCUUCUAAGUUUUCUUUUGUUUGGUAAAAAAUUACCGUUUGACUAUCUGC